CCUGAGUGCAGGAGGGAUCAACAGCCUGAGGACUGGGGAGGCAAACACUGAUUCCCUACGAAGGCUUCGCCACAGCGACUGUUUGUGACAGAGCCUGGGACUGGGAAUACUAGCUGGACUCCACACCAUGCAGUCACAGAACAUCCUGGCACAAUUCUACACUGUCACCAUGGAGACCAUCCUCACAUCGGCCAUGACUGUCUGGUUUGGUGAUUCUAUCUUCCCCAGAACAUCCUGGCAGAAUUCUACACUGUCACCAUGGAGACCAUCCUCACAUCGGCCAUGACUGUCUGGUUUGGUGAUUCCAACUUCUCACAAUAUACAAAAACUACAAACGAACUGUCAGGACAGCAGAAAAGGGUGCCCCUGCAUCGCAGAACAAAAUAUUCCUGAUUUCCAAGCACAUGCCUUUCCAGUUGGCGGAGCAAGCAAGCGGAACAUUCCUGAAACUGACGGAGCCGGUCAGCCAGUCCCAUCUUGAUCCUCCUGCAGUCAGUGCCUUCGCCUCUGGAGGGCUUCAGGCAGAGCGGAAUAAAGUUCUCCCAGUGGCCUCAGCAACAGGCAAUCUCAACCCGACUGAACCAUCGCAGGUUCCAGUGAUUAACGGGGUUGGAGGACACACCCCACAUCCACCCUCUCCCCGCAGAGACACAGAUGAAGAGUUCCCUGUAGCUACAGCUCCCCAGAGCUGUCAUCCCCACGUCAGGACGGAAUCAGCCGCACCGUGGAGGGAGAACAAAUCUGCACAGAACAAGGUCUGGAUAAAAUACGAUGGAGUCGGUCCUGUGGAUGAAGUGGGGAUGCCAAUAUCCUCCAGAUCAAGCGUGAACAAGCCAAGAGACUGGUACAGAAAGAUGUUCAGCCAGAUCCACUGGAAGCCCACAGAUGAUAACUCUGAAAUGGACAAUGUCACCAGCCCAUCGGACAAGCCGGAAUCAGUGGGGCUGUCGGAGGGGGCCCUGACACCCGACAGCGGACUGGCGGAUAUCGGCCUCUUCUCCGAAUGGUGGGUCCCUGUGAGCGAGCUGGCGCCGGGAGGAAAGGCCGGAGAGAAUCACAGGCUGCGGGCAACGCACAACAGUAUCUUCAGCUACGAGCCGGGACGGUACCCCGAGCGGCUGCAAGAGCCACAGACGGACUCGACAUUGGGCCGUUCUUCAGCCAGGAUCCAGGUUUCCUCUGUUGAGGCGGCCUUGCAAGAAGAGCUGAACCAGCUGGAAGCUGAGCUGGAUUCUGACCUGCAGAACAUCCAGCGGCGGCUGGCACAGAGAGAGGGCAGGCCCCAGGGAAGCUCGGAGAACCGGCAGGUGGACGGAGAGCUCCGGAGCACCAGAGCAAUGACCUCACCCCCCAGGUGGGAACAGUCAGCUGUCAAUCACGGACCCAACCACCAGCACGCUGUGUUGUCGAGCAACAGGAGUAUCCAGAGAGAAGAUAGGCCAGACCAGCCGUCAUCCUCAAAAGGUCCUUGCACUUCAGGGCACAAUGACUCUGCGUCAGAAAGAUCCAGCAACUCGGAAAUAUCAAAGAUGAGGGCAGCGCGGGCAAUCUUUGAUUUCCAAGCCCAAUCUCCCAAGGAGCUGACACUUCAAAAGGGCGAUGUCGUUUACAUCCAUAAAGUCCUCGACCAGAACUGGAUGAAAGGAGAGCAUCAUGGGAGACUCGGAAUCUUCCCCACGUCUUACGUUGAGAUUAUUCCGGAUAAUGAGAGACCGACUCCAAUUAAAAGCCCUCCCAUCCAUCUGGUGGAGUAUGGGGAAGCUCUGGCCAUCUUCAACUUCAAAGGCGACUCAAAUAUAGAGUUGUCCUUCCGAAAGGGCGAAACAAUUUCACUCAUCAGACAAGUUGAUGAUAACUGGCUGGAGGGGAGAAUAACUGGAACCAAUCGACAAGGCAUCUUUCCAUCAAACUAUGUGCAGGUGGUGAAGCUGCCGAAGAUCAAAGUUUCCAGUGAAUUUUCUAUUGGCCCAACAUCCCCGAAUCCCAAUUUCCCCAACCCUUCACCAAACCCCAACAAGCUCCUCUCCAGCACCCCAGUAAAGCUUCCAUCUCAGCCCUUCUCCUCCUCUCCAACCACCACCAUCCAAUCCUACCCCAACACCUUUCCGAGAUCCACCAACACCCAGUCCUACCCCAAUACCUUACCAAGAUCCACCACCACUCAAUCAUUCCCCAACACCCUGGCAAGAUCCACCAACACCUUACCAAAAUCCACCACCACCCGGUCCUACCCCAGCACCUUGGCAAGUUCUAGCACCACCCAGUCCUACCCUGACAACUCACCAAGAUCUAGUACCAAGCUCCAGCCCCACACAAGCCUAAACCAGUUCUACGACAGCCCUCUGCCAGCCACCAAAGUCCAACCUUACAUCAAUGCCCCAACCCCGACAGCUCAGCCCUACAUCAAUGCCCCACCAACCUGCACAGCCCAAUCCUAUGCCAAUGCUCCACCAGUCACCACAGUUCAGUCCUACCAUAACAACUCGCCAGCCCACAUAAAUCUGCACUAUGCCAACAUUGCACUAACCUCACCAACCCAGACAUACGCCAAUGCCUCAGCAACCUCCCAGUCGCGCCAACUCCCCAACCCACUGACUCCUACCACCCAGUCUAACCCAAAAGCCUCAUCUAUUCCCCAAACCCAGCCCUACAUCAACUCUGAAGGUAAGCCCCAUUCCAUUGCCACACCACUCCCUACAUCUCAGUCCUAUCCUACCACCAUACCACCCGGACACUCCCAGAUGCAUGUCAAAUUCUCCACUGUCUCCCAAGGCCAUCCCUAUUCUGGCACUUCACCAAGCCCACAAACGGAUUCCUCAAUGACCAGGCUACCAGCCAAUCAGCAGCCACUUCCAGCGUCACUCACCAAUCAGCACUCAGCGUCAGCUUUGUCGGCCAACCAGAACCAUCCGACUAGGUUCCUGCACUCAGCAGCAUCACCAGAGGCUGGCCCAAGUCCAGUAACCAUGGCAACGGGACCCUCCACUCAACGUCCACUCCAGUGCCAGCUGCCCUCUGACCCCAAACUGCAGGCAAGCACGACGUCUGCCCAACCAACAGGAAGCACGAUGGUGUUACAGGCUGCCGGUGUCAGCUGGAGCACGUAUCGGGUACUCUACAACUACCAGCCGCGGAACUCGGACGAGCUGGAGCUGAGGGAGGGAGAUCUGGUGCACGUCCUGGAGAGGUGUGAUGAUGGCUGGUUUGUAGGGACGUCUGGACGGACUAACAGCUUCGGAACGUUCCCUGGGAACUACGUACAGCCAAUGUGACCUCCUGCCAUUGGCCACUGGAUGUCUGAGAAACAGACUGGGCUCUCAUCCGUCCUGUCUGUUACGUCUGCACACACUUGCGCGCGCUCUCUCCCCACUUCAGUCUGUUCCCAUCUCUUUUCUCAUUUAUCUGUAUCUUUUUAACACCAUUCUCCCUCAUUCUCCUCCUCUGUAUGUUUUUAUCUCUCUCUGACUCCACCUUGCAUCCUCCACUAACCUCCCCUCUACUUCCUGUCUUCAAUAGUGAGCAUCUUCACCUGCGACCUCCGUCCAAACCUGACCUCACCCCCCAGAGUGGACGACAGCAGCCUUACCCAGUUGCCCUAAAUCCCCCUGUUGAUGCAGGCUGUGGGAGAUGGGACUGCAGGGGGUGGGAGGAAAUCAGAGGUUGCGGGUGGUGUGAAACCCCGCCAAUUCUCAACCCUCUUUCUUGUUACGGUCUAGGCUGGAGCCUGUUGUUCCCAAGCAAGAGUUACCUUGCUCAUAGACCUUACUGUUGUGGUGUGCAGAGAGCAGCCCCUCCUGAGGCAGAGUGAAAAUUUAAAGGCUUUAGAAACAAAUAUAAAGAUUAAUUUUAUUUGUCACACAUACAUCGAAGGAAACAGUGAAAGGUUUGGUGUGCAUCAACAACCAGCACCGUCCGAGGAUGUGCUGGGGCAGCUUGAAAACGUCACCAUGCCUCUGGCACCGACACAGCAUGCCCACCACUCACUAACCCCAACCUGUGCGUCUUUAGAACGUGGGAGGAAACUGGAGCAGCCGGGGGAAACACACAUGAUCACGAGGAGGACAUGCAAAUUCCUUGGGGACAGCGGUGGGAAUUGAUCCCGGGGCACUGUAAGAUGGGCCAUGGAAGAGUCUGGUCUGUCAGUGAAAGGUCAUCCAUGCCUCACCAGGAUCAGAACAGCUCGCUGACGGUGGGACUGAUGGGCUGAUGGUCACAUAGGCUCCAAGGAUCCAUCCUGGUUCACACCCUCGGGCUGGAGGAGUGGCAGUGAUCAGCUCUGCAGCCGGACACUUGCACUGUGUGGACAGCAAAGGGUGCUCCCAGCCACUGGGAGUACACUGGACCCAAGAGUAAGCGUCUCCAUCCUGUGUGUAUGUGUGUACCUGAACCAGCGUUGAGCUGUAAAAUUUCUGCUUCUUUUCAAUAAAACAAGAUCAGAAUUAAACUCUUCGCUCUCAUCAGUAAGAAGGUGAGCUGCCGACACUUACAGCAGCACCUCUUGCGAACAGUCAGGGUCCCCAGAACACCACGGUCUCGGGACAAUC